AUCGAAGGUUACUUUAAAACCCAGCACUAACCCUAACUCUUGUCUCCGCCAUUUCCCUAGCUGCGUGUGACCAAGCCUCAGGUAAGCAGGUAAGCCAUGGUUAAGCAUAACAAUGUUAUUCCCAACGGACACUUCCGUAAACAUUGGCAAAACUAUGUGAAGACAUGGUUCAAUCAGCCAGCAAGGAAGACAAGAAGACGGUUGGCUCGUCAGAAAAAAGCUGUUAAGAUUUUCCCCAGACCUACCGCCGGACCUCUUAGACCUAUCGUUCAUGGACAGACUUUGAAGUACAACAUGAAAGUGAGGGCUGGCAGAGGGUUCUCUCUUGAAGAACUUAAGGCUGCUGGUAUCCCCAAAAAACUAGCUCCAACUAUUGGAAUUGCAGUUGAUCAUCGCCGCAAGAACCGUUCUUUGGAGAGUUUGCAAGCUAAUGUGCAGAGGCUGAAAACAUACAAGGCCAAGUUGGUUGUGUUCCCAAGACGGGCACGCAAGGUCAAGGCUGGUGAUUCUACUCCUGAGGAACUUGCAAAUGCCACUCAAGUUCAGGGAUCAUACUUGCCUAUUGUGAGGGAGAAGCCAUCUGUUGAGCUUGUAAAGGUUACAGAUGACAUGAAGGCAUUUAAGGCUUAUUACAAGCUUCGCCUUGAACGCACCAACAAACGCCAUUAUGGUGCCAGACUGAAAAAGGCUGCUGAAGCCGAAAAGGAAGAGAAAAAGUGAUAACCUUGAGAAGUGUUUAAGUUUUUAGUUCAUCAAUAUAAUAGUUGUAUGACAAUUUUUUAUUGAAAUUAGCUUUAUUAAGAACAUGUUUAGUCUAAAACAUGGAUCGCAUCACCUAUUAUUAUUUUGUGAACUGUUAUUCAAGUUUGUUGGUUUAAACUAGCGAUCUGUUUUGUCUGGAUCAUUUGGUGGAUUUUGUUCAGGCUGUUUUUGGAAUUUUUAUUAUGGUUAUUAUUAUUAUUGCCUAUUAGC